CAGUCAAAACAAAUCUUACUUCAAAUCGAACCACGAACACCGCUAAAAACUAAAAACAUUAAACCCAGAGCUUCUCUCUCAGUUCGCAAUCAAUUAUAAGCUAGCGAAACUCAUCACCAGUUACAGCACAUUGUAAGAUGUCUCGCAACGACGACUACGACGACGAAGAAGGAGGAGACGAAGAUGGAGAGCAGUUUUCUGACAGCGAUGACGACGACGGUUUCAAGGAGGACAUGGAAGCCCUAAGGCGCGCCUGCAUGAUCACAGGCACGAAUUUAGAUGACCACGACGGCACAGCCGGUGAAGCCCCCUCCAAUUCCGCCAUCGCUGGUUCAGGCGACGAAGGCUGUGGUGUGGGAGAUGGAGUGGCUUGGGAGUCGGAUGGCGAAGAGGACAUCAAACUGUUCCGAAGCAUCCGGGAACGAUUCGCUUUGUCGGAAGACGUUCGCGAGCCUCUGUCAAUGAAGCCAUUGUGUAUUUUGCCGCCUCUUCCCUCGGAUGACGGUGAUGAAGAAGACUUCGAGAUAUUUCGUUCUAUUCAGAGGCGUUUCUCUGCUUAUGAAGAUAGCGAUACUCCCAAAAACUACAUGGAGGAUCUUUUGCGGAAGCCAGAGCAGGUACAUGCAUCUGAUAAUGGACAAGCACGUGACAACAUUGCGGAUUCUGUAGCAACAGCUAACAUCAUUCUAGAUUCUAAAGAAGCGUGUGAGCCAGUCCAUUUAAGGGAAGACACUGCACAACCUUCCACUUUAGCUGGCCGGCUGCAGGCAGAUGCAUGCAAGUCUGAAUUGCCGCAUAGCAAUUCUAGUUUCCCAGAGUCAGCACAGGUGCUUAUUGAUGCCAUUAGGAAGAACAGAGCCUAUCAGAGGUUCAUUCGAAGCAAGCUGACUCAUAUUGAAGCAAGAAUUGAGGAGAACAAGAAACUCAAGGAGCGUUUUAAAAUCCUUAGAGAUUUUCAGGUUUCUUGCAAAAGACUAACAGGAAAGGCACUGUCUCAAAAAAAGGAUCCUCGUGUCCAGUUAAUUUCAGCACAAAGGUCUAGGUCUGCUGAUGAUUGCGAGGUUAAUGAUAAAAAGGUGUCUGCUAUGAAUUCUGGGCCAACUGAGAAUUCUCAUGUUGCUAACUAUAGAAUGGCAUUGACGAAAUUUCCUCUUUCAUUCCCUUGCAAAAAAUGGUCUGCCGAAGAGAGAAAAAAUCUGGCAAAGGGAAUAAGACAACAGUUUCAAGAAAUGCUGCUUAAUGUUUCAAUGGAUCGAAUCAGUGCUACUGAGGGGUCUUCUGGAGAUUCAAAUAAUUUGGAUAACAUUCUUACAUCUAUCAAAGAUCUUAAAAUUACCCCAGAAAUGAUUAGGCGGUUUCUUCCCAAAGUUAAUUGGGAUAAUUUGGCUUCAAUGUAUGUUACUGGUCAUUCUGGUUCAGAAUGUGAGACACGAUGGUUGAACUGGGAAGAUCCAUUAAUCAACUGCGAUCCAUGGACUGCUGAAGAGGACAAGAAUCUAUUGUGUAUUAUCCAAGAUAAGGGGAUCACAGACUGGCUCGAUAUUGCAAUAUCCCUGGGGACAAACAGGACUCCAUUUCAAUGCUUGGCACGGUAUCAGAGAAGUUUGAACGCUUGCAUAUUAAAAAGGGAAUGGACAGAGGAUGAGGACGAUGAACUUCGCAUGGCCGUAGAGAAGUUUGGCGAGCAUAAUUGGCAGUCUGUUGCCUCUCUUCUGAAAGGACGGACUGGUCCUCAAUGCUCUAAUAGAUGGAAAAAAUCACUUCAUCCAACAAGGCUAAGGGUAGGCCUGUGGAACCAAGAUGAGGACAAGCACCUGAAAGUAGCAGUGAUACUUUUUGGGCCAAAGAAUUGGAAGAAAAUAUCUCAAUUUGUGCCAGGAAGAACUCAAGUGCAGUGUCGAGAAAGAUGGGUCAAUUGUUUGGAUCCUUCUUUGAAUAAGGGUGAAUGGACGAAAGAGGAGGAUUCGAGGUUGAGAGCAGCAAUUGCAGAACAUGGUCACUGUUGGUCCAAGGUUGCUGCCCACUUACCAUCGCGUACUGACAAUCAAUGUUGGAGGAGGUGGAAGGCAUUGAAUCCUGAUAAAGUGCCACUAGUCCAAGAAGCUAGAAGAAUGCGGAGAACAGCUUUUAUAUGCAACUUUGUGGAUCGUGAGUCAGAGCGUCCUAAGCUUGAUCCAAAAGAUUUUAUACCAUUGGCAAUCACAGAUACUCCAUCUGAAACUGGAAAUAUAAUGCCAUCUAAGAGAGAUGGAGGAAAUAUAAUGUCAUCUAAGAAAGAUAGAAGAAAAUUAAGCAGAGGGAAUGCAGAAUCUAAGAAUGGAAAAGAUGCAGCAACUUACAAGAUUACACAAAAGGUUCAAUCAAGAAGAGGUAGAAAGAGACAGAGAAGUGAGACUCAACAAGUCACAGGGAUAACUGGUGGACGAGACGUUGAAACCUUGGACGGGGACAGAACUAUUGAAAGGAAUAGAAGAAAAAAUUUGUGCUUGAAACAAAAUAGAUUUUCUGAAGCAGUGGGACAUCAUUCAUCAUCUUUCCAGAAGGACGGCGCCAUUCAAAGGAAGAAAACAAUAAAAUCAUGCUUGAAAAAGAACAAAUCUUCUGAAACAGUGCAGGAUCAUUCAUCACCUGAUCAGGUUUCAACAUUUUUUACCAGCAACAAUGGUGGCACCAACACUACAAGCGAGAAAAGGUUCAUCCAAACUCAUUCAAGAAAAGGCAAACAUGUCGUACCAGAUACAGACAGUGAGACUUUUGUUUCAUUAUAUCCUGAGAGUGUUCAAUCGGGAAUAUAUGGUGUGGAAGCCUCUGGAGAGAACAAUCCAACAUCAAGGAGAACAAAAGUGCCUCGCAGGCGGCGCUCUAGGCGUAGAUGUGCUGAAAUGGGUGAAGAAGUGCAACAAGCAUUCAACACUGUGGAAAGUGAUUUGGAUGGUGAUAUUACUCUUUCUCACUUCAUGAAAAACAGAUUGAAGAAGCGGCGGAUCAAUUCCAAUGACCUACCAAACAUCAUUUCCGACAAGGCUGAUGACAAUGCACGCCAUUUUGUAGAAUCCACGGGAGGAUCCAUGAGCAUGAAUCUGGAACAUGCUCAUCAAACUGGGAAUCCAACUCCAGUUAACAACACAGCUCAAGACAAGGAACCUACAUCAAGGAGAACAAAAGUGCCUUGCAAGCGGCAUUCUAGGCGUAGAUGUGCUGAAAUGGAUGAGGAAGUGCAAGAAGCACUCAACACUCUGGAAGGUGAUUUGGAUGGUUAUAUUACUCUUUCUCACUUCAUGAAGAACAGAUCGAAGAAGCGGCGGAUCAAUGCUUCCAAUGAUUCACCAAACAUCAUCUCCGAAAAGGCUGAUGAAAACGUACGGCAUUUUGUAGGGUUCACGGGAGAGUCCAUGAGCAUGAAUCUGGAACGUGCUCAUCAAACUGAGAAUCCAAUUCCAGUUAACAUCACAGCUCAAGAUAAGGAACCUUGUAGAAAAGACUGUGGAGAAGAUGGGAUAAUUGCUACGACCGAAGCAGUGAAUACCAACCUGGAAACUGAUAAUGAGGCUGGUCAUAUUACUCUGGCUCCCUUUAUGCACAACAAUACCAAUUUGGUAACUGAUAAUGAGGCUGGUCAUGUUACUCUGGCUUCCUUUAUGCACAGUGAGAGAAACAGGCAGGGUGGAAUUGUUUCAAAUGAUAUAUCAAUGGUGCUACCGGCUGAUGAUGCAUGUGGUGGAGACCAAAUGGCAACAGAAUCUCUUGGCACCUACCCGGAAUCUGCUCAUGCUCAUGAGUCCAGCGAUGGACCUGCGGUCCAUGUAGAAAUUAGUGACAAGGAGCCUGGUAGAAUAGAUGCUGCGGAAGGUGGAAGUGUUGGUGGAAGCGAUGCAGCCCAUGUCAAUCUGGAAGAUAAUUCGGUAGCUGAGGAUUUUAAACUGGCACACUUGGUGCGUAAAAGACUGAAGAGAAGGUAAAAUCGUUUGCUUCAGAUGGGAUGGAGUAAUGAAGUCGAAGGUAUUACUGAAUAGAAAGUAGAGAGUAGAGAGUGGUUUCCUUUUUCCGGCAAUUUGUGGGAGAGGAAAGGAAAUCAGGGAUUAUGGAAAGCUGAACACCGUGGGAAGUUCCGUUUUUGUUGGUAAAAUUGUGAAGGUAAAAAUAAUAUAUAAAUAUUCCCCACGGGGAAAGACAUCGGCAUUGGAAAGUCUUCAGAAUACAAAUAUUUUUGGAAUA